AGAUAAUUAAAGCUCUUUGUUCCUUUCCAACCCCCCCUUCUGUUUUACCACAAUUUCAAGCACAAAUCAAGCAAACUUGACCUUGUGGGAUCACCUUACGGCCUCCAAAAUUGAUUAAAGAGGACGAUUAUAGAUUCUCCUUUUGAAAACAGGUUUUUAAAGUAUCAUGAUUUGUAGUCAUUUCAUCAUUAACAUGAGUAAAUCUCCCCAUAUAAUCCUUAUAUUUUGCUAUUUCAAUGAGAUUUGACGCUUUAUCUCCAAAAAAUUUUAAGUUUGUUAGUGUCCCAAAUCUUAUUCAGCGCACUAUUUUUUAUUACAAUAAACAGGACAAUUACAUAUUAAUUUCUUGAGCAAACUCAAAACUUGCAAAGUCUUGCUUUAAAAGUGAGUGACCCUAUCUACCAUACAGCAAGCACUAUAUCAAUUAUUACACCAUCUAUAUAGUAUACUACUCAUACAUAUACGCCUACAAAUACAAUAAUCUUGUUUCUUUAGUCUUUACAACCUCACAAACCUCCCCUUUUCUAAAGCUUCUUAUACACUUCUUCUUUUCGCUUAUAAAAUCCAAUCCUUAACCAACACCAUCUUUCCUUCCUUUUCAAACAAACUACCUUGUAACUUUAUCUCAACUUUGAGCACCAACCAAAGCCAGCCAUGUCCGUAGCCGGAAUUCCAGACACGGAGAAGGCGUAUAAGAAAUCGCAGCAUCACCGGAAAAGCGAUUCAGAAGAAGAGCUUGAUGUGUUUGAGGCUGCAAGAUACUUCUCUGGUGCCAAUGAAAUGUAUGGAUACACCAACAAUAAUGGUGCAAAUUGUACACACAAAGUUGGUUAUGGGAAAGAUUAUCAUCUUCAAGAAAAGCAAAGUUCAAGGGCUGGAAGAUUCAGCCUUGAUAUGCCAAUGAGAGGUGGUUCAAUUACUUCACAGAAUAAUCAUCUUCUGAUGGAAAAGGCUCAGAUGAUCAAAGAGAAGAAGAAGCAACACAAGCAACCUAGUUCUCCUGGAGGCAAGCUUGCUCAUUUCUUGAAUUCUCUCUUCAGUCAAACAUCUUCAAGAAACAAGAAGAAAUCAAAAUCCACAACAAGUACACAGUCUACAAAAGAUGAAGAUCAGAGCCCUGGCUGGAGAAGGAAAAGAAGAAGCAGCAUUAGCCAUUUUCAAAGCACAACAACAACAACAACAACCAGUGCCACUGCAGCAAUUGAUUCGAAAUCGGUCUACUCACUUUCAAGUUCUGGAUUUAGAACUCCACCACCUUAUUCAUUCACUCCAACAAAAUCAUACAAGGAAUUCAGAAGCCAUUCAGAGCAUCAUCAUCAUCAGAAGAUCAUACCCUUUUCCAAACAGCAGAAUCAUGUCAAAUCUGUGUCUGUCCAGAAUGAGAUUAUCUAUCCUGAGAAGAAACGCAACCUGGAUUAUGCCUGGUUGGAUGACAAAUUGAAUUCCGUCGAUCAAAAUCUCCAGAGUUACAAGAGCAUAAACAGAGGAAUUACAGAGAAAAGCUUGUCAGGUGAGAAGGGAUUCAGAGAAUUCAAUGAUGAUGAUGAUGGUGCUGAUAGUGAUUCAAGUUCUGAUUUAUUUGAAUUGCCAAAUUAUGAUCUGGGCUGCUAUUCAUCAAGCGGAUUACCAGUUUAUGAGACAACAAACAUGGACAACAUCAAGAGAAGUGCAGCCAUCCCUAGUGGCUGCUAGCUAAGAUGAUUUUCUCUGAUUUUUUCUUGAUGCAAAAUUUGUGUCUGUGACGAUGAAAACAUAUAGUGGAAUUAAAAAUCUUCAUAUUUUCUUCAAUGGGUCCGGAUUCAUUACAAGGUUAAGAAAGAUUCUGCUUUCUACAACGUUGAAACUUGAAAGUUCUGCACAACCUUUUUUUUUUUUUUCCUAUUUCUGUACAGUUAAGAAUGUUGGUUGGUCUGUACCUUUUGUUUAAAAAAAAAUAAAAUGGCUCCCAAUUCAAGUAAUGUCGA